CUUAUUGACAUGCUACACGGUACGACGCGAAGUUCCAGUUACAUCCAACAGCAUUAUUGCAAAACAAAGCUAGAAGUAUCUCUCAAGUCUUUUCGCGACUCUUAACCUGUAAACAAACCACGGACAUGUCUAAACCGAUCAUCCUGGCGCGCCGCAGAGCAGAAUCUUCUAAUGACACCACGGUAGCAAAAUUUGUUCUUGCAGCGCAGCGCACAGUCGGUCCUUACGUCGAAUGGGACUUCCCCGAAAAGUUCAAUUAUGUACCACCUCCCGUUUACUUCUGUAUUCGGGCCCUUAUACCCUCCCCGGAGCAAGUGCAUAAUCUAGGUCCAUGUAGCCUCAAUUAUGACCCCCCUUCUUCGGAGUCAGAUUUCGACAUUAUCAAAGCUCUGAUCCCUUCGUACAAAGAUUCUAGAUUUACCGUUUCACGCGUCGAUCCUCGGCUCUGGGCUACACUCAUUCAAUUGUACUCAACUUCUUUGCCAGAGUGUUUCGAAUAUUACCCCAUCCCACUCUCCGAUAUUUAUCUUCCUCUCUUGCAACAAAUACCAUCGACGUCUGAUUUCACACUGAUUACUAUUCUUGAACUGCCUGAUUGCGAGGAGCUCACCGACUCUAGUAUCUCUCAACUCAGACAUUUGAGUAGUCUUUGUGCCUUGGAAGCUAGCGGGACAGCGUUGACUGACUACGGUGUCAGUGUCCUUAGCAAGACGGUGGGCUGGUACGAUGAUGACAGACGUCGAGGUCCUUGGCCAUUGAGAAUCCUUCGCCUCAGAAGUUGCCGAGGCAUCACACACAAAGUAUUCCAUUGUAUCAAGAACUUCCAGCUUCUCGCUGUCUUGGGUAUGUCACUGACAGUCUAGAGCUAUAGAGAUGUCACUGAUCUAUUAUAUCUGUCAAAAGAUCUGCGCGGCACCAAAUGCUCCGCCUCAUCUUGCACCCUUCCGUGGUCAGUGUCCAGUAAUCCAAGCCUAUAUCAUCCAACCCCCCUCCGGACUUCACUCACGAUUCUGUCGUCCCUCACCCCUCCUUCAUCCAAAUUUUUUUCUUCAUCUUCAGUUUUCAGUCUCUAUAUCGACACGGUGGAAUAUGCUCAUGCUCAUGUGUCUAAAUUUAAGGGCGAGAGCUGUCCAGCAGCCUUGACUGACAAAGGAAAAAGUCGAGAGACCGCUGUUUGCCUGGAAAACACGGCAAUCACGUUGCUGCCCC